AUGCCCCUCGUCGUCCCCGGCAUCACCUCCUCCGGCAACGGCGGCGACUCGUGGACCACGAAACUCAUGGGCAAAACCCUAGGCGACAAGCACGACCAAACGACAUUCGCCAAGAAGGAUCUGCCGGGAAAUCACCGCGUCGUGGAGAGUGAGGGCGGGAUGAUGACCAUGGAUCAUAACCCCGAACGGGUAGGUAUCCCGGUGGGCGGAACGAGAAGAAAGGAGACGAAGACACAGCAGAAACAACUCGUGUGUCUCGUGCAGGCAGGCUUUUGA